AAAGGAAGGGGCCAGGAGUUGAUUACUUCUUUUCCCUGCAGAGUCCUGUUGAGAGAAGCUGAGUGUCUAGUCAUCGUAGGGAUCUAUUCUCGGGUUUGCAGAAGAGAGACUGAUCCACGAGUUCAGGAGCCCUGAUUCCUGCCUUGUCAGAUCUCCUGCUUCAUCCCUGAGCCCAGUCAUCAUGCCUAGGGGUCAAAAGAGUAAGAGCCGCUCCCGAGCAAAACGACAACAGGCACGCAGUGAGCUCCAGAGUAUCCCAGCAGUUCACACUGAAAAGGAAGCUGCAUGUCCUCCUGCUGACCAGAGUGAUGGUUCCAGUUCCCCUGAUGUUUGUGCUCUACAGGGGCUAAAACCCCCUGAAUCUCUCAGGGCAGAUGUGUCCUGUACAGGCUCUGGUGUAGGUGUUAGGAAUGCUGUUGUUCUUGCUGAUAAGCAAAGUUCAGGUGCUAUUCAGACAGUGACCUCUAUUCAGCACACACUUAGAGAUCCUAUCAUGCGGAAGGCUAGCAUGCUAAUAGAAUUCCUGCUGGAUAAGUUUAAGAUCAAAGAGGCAGUUACACGGAGUGAAAUGCUGGCAAUAGUAAACAAGAAGUAUAAGGAACAGUUCCCUGAGAUCCUCCGUAGAACCUCUGCACGCCUAGAGCUAGUCUUUGGUCUUGAGUUGAAGGAAAUAGAUCCCAGCACUCAUUCCUAUAUGCUUGUGGGUAAACUGGGUCUCUCCACUGAGGGAAGUCUGAGUAGCAAUUGGGGGUUGCCCAGGACCGGUCUCCUGAUGUCUGUCCUGGGUGUGAUCUUCAUGAAGGGCAAUCGUGCCACUGAACAAGAGGUCUGGCAGUUUCUGAAUGGAGUAGGGGUAUAUGCUGGGAAGAAGCACUUAAUCUUUGGGGAGCCCCAAGAGUUCAUAAACAAAGAUCUAGUGCAAGAAAAUUACCUGGAGUACCGCCAGAUUCCUGGCAGUGAUCCUCCAUGCUAUGAGUUCCUGUGGGGACCCAGAGCCUAUGCUGAAACCACCAAGAUGAAAGUUCUGGAAGUUUUAGCUAAGGUCAAUGGCACUGUCCCUAGUGCCUUCCCCAAUCUCUACCAGUUGGCUCUUAGAGAUCAGGCAGGGGGAAUAAGAAGGAGAGGUCAAGGUAGGGCUGGCACUGUUGUCAAAGCCAGGAUUCAUUCCAAGACUCAAUCCCACAAGUAGUUGAGUCAGUUCUAUGGUUUCCAUAUUAUGUAUGAAAAGCAGUCAGCUCCUUAUUAGUGGAGAGUUCAUAGAAUACCAGAACCAAAAUGUAUACAUUCUUGACCUUCUAUACAUUAGUAAAAUAUAGAUAUUUCUUACUUUGUAAAUGUCUAAUUAAUCAGUGAUUUGUGCCAUGCUUAUGUUAGCUGCUUAAAAUGGUUAGUCACUUGUAAAUUUAGGACUCAGAGUUUUGUUACUUUCAACAAAUUGGAAAACCUUACGUUAUUAAAAUGUUAUAUAACAUUGCAUUGGAAAGAGGAUUUGCAUGGAAAUGUGAUGUCAUAUGAUGGUGAAAGUAAAGUGGCAAGUAUUUUACUGUUAUUUUUGAA